AGAUUGCUCGUCAACCACCUCGGAAGCUUGCUAUUCAACAUAGCCGAAAGAUUCAAGCUAUUUAGACGCUUUCGGUGUAUAUUAACUACUGUGUUUUAGACACACUUCUGUCGUAUUUACUUGUUAACCUAUUUAAUUUAAUAUUACGUUAUUUUGUAUUAGUCAGCUAUAGUAGCUGGCUGGUUAAGUUAACACUAGCCUAGUCGCUAAUGAUAGCUAGCUAGCUAACAUCCCCGAACAUGAGCUCCCUAAACUACUCUCCUCCUGUUAAAGAAGAGGAGGUCUGCUGGACGGAGAAAGAGGGUCUGUGGCAGAUAAUUGUUGUGAAAGAGGAAAAGGAGGAUGUUACAGUAAAACAAGUAGAGGGUGAGGCUGUUACAGUGAGAGAAGAAGAGAAAGACGUUUCAGUGAAAGAAGAGGAAGACUCGUUCAGAGUGAAAGAGGAGGAUGCAUUUUUUGGAGUGAAGAAGGAAGGGGAGAUUACUGUCACAUUGAAAGAUGAAGAGGUGGAGAUCGAUCUGAAUAACACCAGAGAGAGACGGGACUAUCGUGGAUCCUCUGUGGAGCCUCAACAACAUUAUGAUGCUGAUGCGGCAGAGAAGAGUCUCUCCAGAUCAGAACACCUCAAAAUACAACAACAGAGACCCACAGGGAAGAAUUCUCACUGCUGCUCUGAUUGUGGGAAAAGAUUCAACUCUUCAUCAGACCUUAAAAUACAUAAAAUAAUUCCCACUGGAGAGAAACCUUAUGGCUUUGAUCAAUGUGUGAAGAGUUUUACUGGGUCAAGCUGUCUCACUAUUCAUCAGCGAAUACACACAGGAGAGAAACUAUAUAGCUGCGAUCAAUGUGGAAAGGGUUUCGGCACAUCUCGUGGUCUGACAAAACACCAGAGAACACACACAGGAGAGAAAUCUUAUAUCUGUGAUCAAUGUGGGAAGAGAUUUACUCUGCUAAACAGCCUGAUAGUACACCAGCGAACACACACAGGAGAUAAACCUUAUAGCUGUGAUCAAUGUGGGAAGAGUUUUACUACAUCUAGCUAUCUAACUAUACACCAGAGAACACAUACAGGAGAGAAGCCAUAUAGCUGUGAUCAAUGUGGUAAGGGUUUCGGUACAUCUGGCUGUCUGACAAAACACCAGAGAACACACACAGGAGAGAAGCCUUAUAGCUGUGAUCAAUGUGGAAAGAGUUUUACUCAGUCUACCAGCCUGACAUCACACCAGAGAACACACACAGGAGAUAAAGCUUAUAGCUGUGACCAAUGUGGGAAGAGUUUUGGUUCAUCUGGCCGUCUGGCAACACACCGGAGAACACACACAGGAGAGGAACCUUAUACCUGUGGUCAAUGUGGAAAGAGUUUUUCUCAGUCAACCAGCUUGACAUCACACCAGAGAACACAUACAGGAGAGAAACCUUAUAGCUGUGAUCAAUGUGGGAAGAGUUUUGGUACAUCUGGCUGUCUGACAAAACACCGGAGAACACACACAGGAGAGAAAUCUUAUAGCUGUACUCAAUGUGGGAAGAGUUUUACUCAUUCAACCAGCCUGAUAUCGCAUCAGAGAACACACACAGGGGAGAAACCUUAUAGCUGUAAUCAAUGUGGGAAGAGUUUUGCUUCAUCUGGCCUUCUGACUGUACACCAGAGAAUACACACAGGAGAGAAACCGUAUUGCUGUGAUCAAUGUGGGAGAAGUUUUACUCAGCGAAGCAGCCUGGUAUCUCACCGGAGAACACACACAGGAGAGAAACCACAUAGCUGUAAUCAAUGUGGGAAGAUAUACUCUGAUAAAAGAUCUCUGAUCAAACAUCAGAAAAUACAUGUUGUUUCAUGAUAUCAAUGAAAUAAUGUAGAAUGUUUUCAAUAUUGUAGAAGUAUUUUAGUCAUGUCACAAUAUAGAAUGUUUUAACAUUGUAGGAGCAGUAUUCUAAUGAUGUCACAAUGUAGAAUGUUUUAACAUUGUAGGAGCAGUAUUUUAAGGGAUGUCAGAAUGUAGAACCUUAAACGUUUGCUCUGAAUUGAAAGAGUACUAUUUAUGAGAUUUAACAAAAAUUGUCUAACUUGCGCUAUUCCCAUUUAGCAAAAUGUAAUUCAAAAGACGUUGAAAACUGAAAGUGAAAGUUGAUAAGAUGUCUUCGGGUCUUUUUUUCAAUGACUUGAAAACAACUUAAGUUCAACGUACGUGCAGCCUAUAUACAUGGACGCAAUAUAAUCAAUUGGUCUAUAAUCAAUUUUAUUAACAAUCUUACAUCACUCCAGCAUUUCUUUACAUCCAAGUGCCAAUUGUCUUUAUUCCACAACUGAAGAAGAGUGAUGCAAAUCACCUCAUAUUUCAAACAUCCAGCCUGACAAAAUAUACAUUUUUUUAUCAGUUCAUGUUUACAAAGGGGUGUCCAUUUGCUUUUGAUAUUUCAUAUUUACAAUUCAUGUAACAUUUAGUAAUCAUAAUUAUUCAUGCAACAAAAUUACUAUUUUUUUGUGUACAAUUAUAUUGGAAUAGUUAUCCUGCUUUUAGAAUAGCAGGGAUCAUUCUCAGAUGUUCCAACCCAAAUGUACUAGAGCAUGACAUUGGGGACUGGGCCCCGAUCCAACAACAUGCCUAUCGAGAUAUUGCAGGAGUUUGCUCUUGAAAUCAGACAUGACGAAUACAAUUUGAUUUGAGUUUUGUUUGAGCUCGUUCCAAGGGGAUGAGAGUUCUAGAAGCUAGUGAGUUCUUUGAUUCUAUAGGAAGAAAAAGGAGAAAAAAAAUCUAUGAUUGUAUAUUAUCAUUUAGAAGUACGUGUUUUUUCUUGUUUUUAAUUGUUGACAGCCAGUAGACACCAUGUUUAUAUUGGUGAAGGUGAAGCAUUGUAGUAGAUUAUAAUGUGAAAUGGAAUUUGUUAUCUGUUGGUGGUAAGCAAACGUGUCCAACAAAAAUAUAGGUUAUAUGUGUUGUCUUACGGGGGAAGGUGUUACAGGCUUUGGUUUUUCCAUUUAUGUUUUGAGGUUGGACUUUAGAACGAAAAGCUUGUCAGCAGGUAUAGCUCCUUAGCACGUAGGACGCACUGAUUGGUGUCACCUUGUUAGUCAGUAUGUGUUACACCUGUGCUGGCUUGUCCAUCUCGUUAGUUGUAAGGUGUUUCACCUGAGCUGGUCCAGGUUUUAUUUAAGAGUGUCUGGACCAGUGCUACAGUGGUCUUGAUAGAUGUGGAGAGUCAACAACUUCAGUUGCGCCACCUUUUCCUAUUAAAGAUGUUUUUCAUUUCAGGUUAAAGCUUCUUUUUUGAAAUGAAUCAAUACAGAUCGUUUCCGGGGAUUGGUAUGGCAAAUACCUUACGAUUUGCCUGGUCAGAAAAGGAGAUGGAGCCGUGGGGUAGAGAGACAUUUGGAAGGACCAUUUUGAUGGGAUGCCUCAGGAUAGAGGUGAAGGAAGUGCUCUGCCUUCAAGGGAACCCGAUUGAGAAGGCUUUCGAUGUGACGUUUCAAAAAGAAGAAAAACAUGACGAAGUGAUGAAGAUGGCAAAGGAAGCGGAGAAAACGGGACCCCUGUGCCAUUAUGCGGUGACCAGCCUGGCGAAGAACAACUUCAGGGUGGUCACCGUAACCAUGUACAAUCCGCAUGUGAAGGAUGAAGAGGUGAGGGCCUUUCUGGGGAGAUAUAUGGACAAUGUCUCCUCAGCGAGGUACCUCAGGGACUCCCUGGGUUUCUGGAACGGAAAGAGAGGUUUCCAGGCGUUACUCAGGGAGUCCCCGAAGAGUGUGGAUGGCUACCUCCAUCCUCCGGCGAUGUUCUCCCUGGGGGCUGACAGGGGAACACUCUACUAUGCACGU